AUGGUGAUCAAUGAGACGCUAAGGCUAUAUCCUCCAGGAGCUAUUAUAUCGAGGGAGGCCUUAGAAGAUAUGAAAUUUGGAAAACUUGAUGUGCCCAAAGGAGUGAAUAUUUGGUUAAUGCCGGUGACACUUCACCAAGACCCUGAAAUAUGGGGACCUGAUGCUCAUAAAUUCAACCCUGAAAGGUUUGCCAAUGGUGUCAGUGGCGCCUGCAAGUUCCCUCAUGUGUAUUUGCCUUUUGGAUUCGGACCGCAUACAUGUUUGGGGCAGCAUUUUGCCUUGGCCGAACUCAAGCUACUUCUUGCCCUUGCUUUGUCAAAUUUCACUUUUUCUCCCUCACCAAACUAUAGGCACUGCCCAUCUUUGAGUUUGAUUAUUGAACCUAAAUAUGGAGUCAAUCUCAUUGUUAGGAGGCUUUGACUUAUCUAUCACAACUACUCUAAUAAUUUCUUCAAUACUUUCUAAGUUUAUGUCCAAGAAGAUACAAUGAAAUAAAAAUAUAUUCCUUUCAUUUCAAA